AGAAACCAAAAAGAACCUCCGCAAAACAAAAAGGAUCAUCCUAGAUGACUGGCCCAAAUUCCGUGGGUUUCAUUGUUUGCUCGACCAUCCUUGCGGUAUGCGCGGAAUAUGAAUCACGGCGCGGUAAAAUAUAGUAUGAAUCACAGUGCAGAAUAUGGAUCCGUGUUCGAAGAAAACAUAGAAUUAUUUUCACAAGUUAAAAUGCCGCGGUAAACUGCACGUUACUAUCUAGUUGAGAUAGUAAGAUCCCUAGAAUUGGAGCUCUCUUAUGUGUCACUGGUUAUGGUAGAAAGAAGGGAUAAUUAAUUUUAUGUCCCUGUCCCACUCGACUAUUUUGCCCAUAGUUUUCAGAAACACACUGUUCUGCCCAAGCCGCUUCGCUUCGCUUAUGCUUUUGCUCUUUGACCGUCAUUUUCAAAAUUUUAUCACAAAUUCAUAUUAACUCAUGAAGAUGCAAAUAAGAUAUCAAAUGUUCAGAAAUACAUCGCCUAUACGUGCAUGCCAUUUUAUAUUCACGACAGAAGUGUUGUUUAAACCACACAAGGUUAUUAAUACUACUAAUGUUAUUAAACCUAAAAAUGUUUGACCAACAAUUAUGUCAUGGAUGAAAAUGACAUGCACAUAUAACGAUAGGUGAUGUUUUUUUUUGAACAUUUUCAUAUCUAACUCACAUGCUUCUAAGUUAAUAUGAAUUUGUUAUGAAGUUUUGAAAGUGACAGUCAAACGGUCAAAGGACGGUCAAAUGAAAAAAAAGCAUAAGAGGAGGGAAGUAGCUUGGGCAGAACCAUGGGUUUUUGAAAUUAGGGGCAAAACAGACGAGUGGGGCACAACUACAGGCAUAAAAUUAAUUAUCCUAAAAAAGAACAAUUCUAUAAAACACAACAUUCGACUCCAUGCCAACAAUACCAACUACUACAUACAUAACAGAAAUAAAAAAUCACACACAUAAUGGCAUGGCAGAUUUUGCACUAAACAAAGAACGGAAUAGCAUGGCACAAAAACUGUAUCACACACAUAUGAUCCAAGGAAAAAACAACCUGGCCAAGACACUGAAAGAAUGGCAAAUAUGACCCCUCACAUACACAAAGAUGCCAUGACAAAAAUCUACAUUACACGACCAUCAGGGAAGAGUCAUGGCAAAAAUCCAAAAUCAGACACAUAUAGAUACACUGUAAUUGUACAUCAAAACCAAUAUCAAAGAGUAUGGCAACAAUCUCUGUUCACACGCAGAAUGGACCAAUGAAAAAUAUAUACUCGUAUUAAGCACAUGAUGUAAUGCUUAAAUCUUUUAAGUAAUAACAGCGUCCUUUUUCGAGAAAGAAGGACACGUUCAACUAUGAAAAAUGUGGCUCCAGGGCUCUGGUCUUUAGGGGCACAUGCACGAAGGCUUCUCAUUUUUCACCGACAAGGUCAAGCCAGCUCCAGUAAGGGAGCGGCUACAGCUGCGCGUCGGCGGCUCAUUCUGACGGCCAUAGUGGUCGUUCGGUGAUUUCGGAAUCUUGAUAUAAUGUUUAUUAUGUUUGAGGUGCUUUGUACUUCCCGUGAACUUUUUAAUACUAUAUCUUGAUCAUUUUUUAAAAGAAAAAAACAUGUUGCACCGACGUAUAUCUUACCGUUCUAUGCACAAGUGGAGGUUCCACCAGUCGCAAAAAAAAAAGUGGAGGUUCCACAGAUGGAGACCGUCGUGAAGAAACCGGAGAGCCACUUCGUGCUGGUCCACGGCCUCUGCCACGGCGCGUGGUGCUGGUACAGGCUGGCCACCAUCCUGCGUUCCGCCGGCCACCGCGUCACGGCGCCCGACCUGGCCGCGUGCGGCGCCAGCCCGGUGCGCGUCGACGAGGUGCGCUCGUUCGCCGAGUACAGCCGGCCACUGACCGACGCCGUCGACGCGGUCCCGCCAGGCGAGAAGGUGGUCCUCGUCGGCCACAGCUACGGCGGCUACAGCCUUGCGCUGGCCAUGCACGCUCACCCGGACAAGGUGGACGUCGCCGUCUUCGUCGCCGCGGCCAUGCCGGCCGCCGGGUGCUCCAUGUCACAUCUACUGUCGCAGAUCAUGGAGGAAACGGCGCCGGACGCCGCCACGGACAGCGUGCCCGCGGUGACCGGCGGGGCGGAAACGUUUCUCCUGGGCCCCGAACGCCUGUCGCGGCGUCUGUACCAGCGAAGCCCGCCCGAGGACCUGGCGCUGGCGACGGCGCUGGUGAGGCCGGCGCGGUGGUUCCUCGACGACGCGGCGAUGACGGAGAGCGUCCUGACCGCCGACAGGUACGGCGCGGUGAGGCGCGCGUGCGUGGUCACCGAGGAGGACGCGACGUGGGCGGCGGAGUCGCAGCGCCGGAUGGCGUCGCGGUGCCCCGGCGUGGAGGUGGUGGCCGUCGAGGGGGCCGACCACAUGCCCAUGUUCUCCACGCCCCACCGACUCGCCGCGAUCCUCAUGGAGAUCGCCGACAAGUACAUCUGA